UUCUUUGUCUUUUCUUAAAAGGCGAAAAUAACAAUAAUAACUUUGACAUAUUGUUGACGUUGACAUAUUUUUGUUUUGUUUGUUUACAUGACGUGCAACAAAUUUAUUUUUAUUUAAUUUUAUUUAUUAUCAAGUUUAUUGGAAAACCAAAAAUAAUCCAGAUAGAAGCUUGACGGGAUUUUUUAAAACGUGUUCGUAUAAAAAAGUUGGUGGGCUACAAAAAUCUUCAAAUUAUGGAAUUCCCAACUCUUGGCGAGCAUUGUCAGCACGAAGGUUGCAACCAGACCGACUUCCUGCCGCUUCAGUGCAAAUGCGGGAAGGUGCUUUGUCGUGUCCACUUCCUCGGACACUGCCAGUCGAGCGAAUGUGAGUUGGCGCCGCCACCGCGAGAAGUUAACCUCAAAAGCGAUGAUCAAAUCUUUAGGUGCUCAGAAAAAGGUUGCAGAAAGGGUAAUUUACACGAAAUGCUAUGCGCAAAAUGCAAGAAACAUUAUUGUAUCGAUCACCGUUUCCACCUUACAUGUCCAGAAAUAGAUGAUAAGACGAUGGCAGCUAAAAUAGAGCAAUUUGUAGCACCCAGGAGGCAAUUCCAUGAAGCCAACAAACAUUUACAAGAGAAGAUCACUGAAAAUAUCAGAAAAGCAUUACAGUCAUCAGCAAAAGUGAAAACAGCGUCUAAAAUACAUCUUAUGAGAAUAAAACAAAAAGCUGUUGGACCUAAAAGUGUCUCUCCAUCUGAAAGAGUAUACUUUGCCAUAGGCAAACCCAAAGAUAUGGAACCAAAAGAUGUGAAGAUUGUUGAUGAUAUUGACAGUUUAGUUAAGAUAGAAACUGUAACUCUAGAUCCAGAUUUGAAAGAUUCUGUACCUGUAUUUAUUUGCUGCAAAUGGAGUCUAGGCAGAGCCAUAGAUAGUAUAUGUGAUUCUUGUAAUAUAAAUAAUGAUAAUAACAAAAUGGGAAAUGUUAAACUAAGAUUAUUUAGACAAUUGGAUGGUUACUGCAUAAGUCCUGUUAAAAUGGAUCUGGAAAUUGGGGAUUUAAUGAAACAAGAUAUCUUGUUAGAGGGAGAUAAGCUGCUUAUAGAAUAUAUAAACAAUGAAGUAUUAAGUAAAAUAGAUGAAAAUACUCAUUUAUUUUUAAGAUAGUGGAAAAAAUAUUUUAUUAGAAUGAAAAUAUUUUCAGAGUUAUAAUAAGUAUAUGUUUUAUUUUCUUACUUAAUAUCAGCAUUCAACCUACAUUAAUUCAAAACAAUUUUUAUAUUUUUUGAAAAAAAUUAUAUGUCUAAAAGCAUAUGUCAGAAACCUUUCGGCCUUAACACUCGGAAGCCAGAGGCGGAGCGAAGGAGGUUGAGAACGCGUUGCUGAUGUUUACACACUGCCGAUUUUCCGGACCUGGUGGUGGCAGACGCGGACGCGGUUCCUUCUGUGUCAGCUCGCGUGUUUUGUAGAGAAAGUUUCCAAAAUGUCCGAAAUCAUUUGUAAAUAUCACG